UCCCCCGCGUUCCCCUCGCAGUUCCGCUUCCGGGCGAAACAAGAUGGCGGCUCCUGUGGAGUUCUUCUGCUGGGCGGGCGGCUGGGGCCUGCCGUCGGUGGACCCUCCGUGCCUGGCCGUCCUGGCCUACGCGCGCUUCACGGGCGCGCCCCUCAAGGUCCACAAGGUCAGCAGCCCCUGGAGGAGCCCCUCAGGGACCCUCCCGGCCCUGAAGACCCCGGAUGAAGGCGUCCUCUCCGACCCCCAGCAGAUCAUCACCUACCUCAGGAAGCAGAGAUUCAACGCAGACUAUGAUCUCUCUGCCCGGCAAGGGGCCGACACGCUGGCCUUCGUGUCGCUGCUGCAGGAGAAGCUUCUUCCGGUGCUGAUCCACACCUUCUGGGUGGACGCCAAGAACUACGUGGAGCUGACUCGGAAGUGGUACGCGGAGGCCAUCCCCUUCCCGCUGAACUUCUUCCUGCCGGGGCGGAUGCAGAAGCAGCAGCUGGAGCGGCUGCAGACGGUGUGUGGGGAAAACUGCCUCGAGAACGAAGAGGAGCUGGAAAAGGAGCUCUACCGCGAAGCCCGGGAGUGCCUGACGCUCCUCUCCCAGCGGCUCGGCCAGCAGAAGUUCUUCUUCGGGGACUCGCCUGCUUCCCUGGACGCCGUGGUGUUCAGCCACCUGGCCCCGCUGCUGAAAGCCAAGCUCCCGAACGCCAAAAUCCAGCAGCACCUCAAGUCUCUGCCCAACCUCUGCAACUAUUGCACCUCCAUCUUAAGCCUGUACUUCCCCUGGGAUGAAGGGGACCCGCCUCCCCCGGUGCCCAAGUCGGCCUCCAGCGACGGGAGCGAGAGCGAGGAGGAGCCCCACAAGCGCCGGAACCAGGUGCUGUCGGUGCUGGUGGGCCUGCUGGCCAUGGUGGGCUACGCGCUGCUCACGGGGAUCGUCUCCGUCCAGAAGCAGGGGCCGGGCACGGGGGGCCGCCGGGCCAUCGCCCUCGACGAGGAGGAGGAAGAAGAGGAGGAGGAGUGAGUGAGUGAGGGGCCGCUCAGGGACCAUGGGACCCCAACUCUUCCAUAUUUCUCAUCCGUUUUCCUUCGCGUUCAUUCCUUCGCCGAGGCUGCUCCUCGACUCCCCUUUUGAGCCAAUUGUCACUGAGAUGGCUGUGGUCGGAGGUCAUUUCCCAGUGCCUUAACUGUAUUUUUUACCAUAGAACUCCGUCAUCAUCAUACCAAGGGGUGGGGAACUUUCAAUCAGUUAAGGGCAAUGCUGUUUCACUUCUUUCCCUAAAUUAUGGAGGUGUCCAAUUUCUGCCCUCCAGAUGUCUGGGACUCCCAACUUGUCCAAUGCCCAGGGAUUCUGGGAGCUGAAGUCCAAAACACCAGGAGGGUCGCAGGCUUGACACCUAAAGUAUUCCCAGGAACUGGUUGCUGUGAGUUUUCCGGGCUGUCUGGCCAUGUUCCAGAAGCAUUCUCUCCUGACGUUUCGCCCCCAUCUAUGGCAGGCAUCCUCUGAGGUUGUGAGGUCUGUUGGAAACGAGGGCAAGUGGAAUAAUGUCCAGGGCGGGAGAAAGAACUCUUGUCUGCUGGACAACCAGCAGAAGUCACUCUAUAUAGUUAAAAAUGUAUAUCUAUGUCUGUUAUUCCCAAUAAGAAAUAUUCUGGGAGGUGUUAGCUGGCCCUGAUUGCUUCCCUUCUGCAAUUCUUUCAAUCUCCAAGUUUGUGGAGAAGUUAUUCUAGCAGCUGUCACUAGAUAGUUUAAAAUUAUAUCUUUAUUUGUAUCGAAAUCUAUGUCUGUCAUUCCCAAUAUUCUGGGAGUUGUUAGCUGGCCCUGAUUGCUUCCCGUCUGCAAUUCUUUCGAUCUCAAAAUUUGUGCAAAAGUAAUUCUAGCAGCCAUCACUAGAUAGUUUUAAAUUAUAUCUUUACUUGUAUCGAAAUCUAUGUCUGUCAUUCCCAAUAUUCUGGGAGUUGUUAGCUGGCCCUGAUUGUUUCCCUUCUGCAAUUCUUUCGAUCUCCAGGUUUGUGCAGAAGUUAUUCUAGCAGCCAUCACUAGAUAGUUUAAAAUUAAAUCUUUAUAUCUAAAUCUAUAUCUGUCAUUCCCAAUAUUCUGGGAGGUGUUAGCUGCCCCUGAUUGUUUCCCGUCUGCAAUUCUUUUGAUCUCCAAGUUUGUGCAGAAGUUAUUCUAGCAGCCAUCACUAGAUAGUUUAAAAUUAAAUCUUUAUAUCUAAAUCUAUAUCUGUCAUUCCCAAUAUUCUGGGAGGUGUUAGCUGCCCCUGAUUGUUUCCCGUCUGCAAUUCUUUUGAUCUCCAAGUUUGUGCAGAAGUUAUUCUAGCAGCCAUCACUAGAUAGUUUUAAAUUAUAUCUUUAUUUGUAUCUAAAUCUAUGUCUGUGAUUCCCAAUAUUCUGGGAGGAGUUAGCUGGCCCUGAUUGUUUCCCAUCUGCAAUUCAUUCGAUCGCCAAGUUUGUGCAGAAAUUAUUCUAGCAGCCAUCACUAGAUAGUUUAAAAUUAUAUCUCUAUAUCUAAAUCUAUGUCUGUCAUUCCCAGUACCUCUGGGAGGUGUUAGCAGGCCCUGAUUGUUUCCCAUCUGCAAUUCUUUCGAUCUCCAAGUUUGUGCAGAAGUUAUUCUAGCAGCCGUCACUAGAUGGUUUUAAAUUAUAUCUUUAUUUGUAUCUAAAUCUAUGUCUGUCAUCCCCAAUAUUGUGGGAGGUGUUCGCUGGCCCUGAUUGUUGCCCGUGUGCAAUUCUUUCGAUCUCCAAAUUUGUUCAGAAGUUAUUCUAGCAGCCAUCACUAGAUAGUUUAAAAUCAUAUCUUUCUUCAUAUCUAAAUCUAUGUCUCUCAUUCCCAGUAUUCAGGGAGGUGUUAGCUGGCCCUGAUUGUUGCCCGUCUGCAAUUCAGUGCUAAUCAAGCUGACCAGUUGCAACAUUCCCACUUGCCCCCAACAGAGAAGGGUUCUUUCUCCCACCCUGGAGAUAUAUCAACCCCACUUGCCUAGUUUCCAACAGACCUCACAACCUUUGGGCAUGCCUGCCAUAGAUGUGGGCGAAAUGUCAGGAGGGAAUGCUUCUGGAAUAUAGCCAUAUGGCCCGGAAAACUCACAGAAACUUAGUGAUUCUGUCCAUGAAAGCCUUCGAGAUAAUACUUUUAUUAUUAUGGGGUGAAGCUGCCUUUGCGCCCGCAGCCUGGCUUUUGGAUCCAGAGCGGGUGACGUCCUCCUUGGCAGUUUUCUCGGGGCGGGGAAAGGCGCCUGGCUGCGUCUGCGGCUCCGACUUGCGGUUGACCCAUUUAUUUUGGCAAGGGCGGACGGGGGAGUUUCUGGAAUCCAGAGGGUUUCGGCUUGUGGAAAAGGGGAAAAAAAUUAAAUAAACGCUGCAAUUUUGGUGA